AUGCCCAAGCGCACCAUGGGAGGGAGGGCCGACGCCGGGGCCGACGCCACGGCGCACGAAGCAUCCAAGCACUAUGCAAAGCUGCACAUGGAGAAACCCCUCCCCGCCGGCGAGGGGUCCAGCCGGCAGAAGGGCGGCCUUGACGUCGUCGACCACGUCCAGGCUCCGGUGCAGGUGUCACCUAUGCUGGAGCAGGUGGCUCCUCCGCCGGAGCAGGUGACUCCUCUUCCAUGCCAUCUGCCUCCUCUGCCACACCAUCUGCCUCCUCUGCCACACCAUCUGCCUCCUCUGCCGCAGCCCGUGGUCAACGUCGACGGUGACGACGACGAAGAGGUAGCUGCUCUGGCUCCUCAGACAGAGCAGGUGUCUCCUCUGCCGCGGGUGACGCCUCCUGUGCCCGAGCCUGUGGUCGUCGGCGAUGUCAACAAAGAAGACAUUAGUAGCUCCUCUGACUUCUCUGCUGGAGCAGGUGGUGACUCUCAACCUCAACCGAGUGUUCGUCUGCCGCGGUUGUUGCCUCCCCUGCCCCCACCUGUGGUCGUCGCCGACGAGAAGGAAGAAGAGGUUUUCUCUGGUCGGUACAAGGCAAAUAAGGUCCUAAGUGACGACGUUGACAGCGACCCAGAAACCCAGAGGAUCUUUAGGAGGCAGAAUGUGAGGCAGCUGGACAGUGGUGAGCUCGAGAAAGCUGUGAGGCCUAGAUUCGGAAACGGCUACGGAUGA